UUAAUGUACGAGAAGAGGAUGUUGUACAACAUUCGGUUUAUUAUGUCAGCAAGACAUUGAGGGAUGCAGAGUUGAGGUAUUCAUGACCGGAGAAGGUGAUGCUGGUGAUCUAUUGGACAGAAAAGAGGUGAGAACGGUCAAGAUGAGCAAGGGGAGUGCCGGCGCCGUCAAGGGAGGGAAGAAGAAGGGAGCGACGUUCGUUAUCGACUGCUCCAAGACGGUGGAAGACAAAAUCAUGGACAUCGCAUCGCUGGAGAAGUUCCUCCAGGAGCGCAUCAAGGUCGGCGGCAAGGCCGGAGCUCUCGGCGACUCCGUCACCGUCGUCCGCGAGAAGACGAAGAUCACCGUCACUUCCGAUUCCAACUUUUCCAAGAGGUAUUUGAAGUACUUGACAAAGAAGUACUUGAAGAAGAACAGCGUGCGUGACUGGCUCCGUGUUAUUUCUUCAAACAAGGAUAAAAACGUCUACGAGUUGAGAUAUUUCAACAUUGCUGAGAAUGAAGAGGAGGAUGAAGAUUAAGUGCCAUUAUCAAUCCUUUUUUCCCCAGAUGCACCGGAUAAAAAAGGCCGCUACCUUUUCCCUUGCAGAUCAGUGAAGACUUCUCAAAUUAAAUACUUCCAGAAGCAGAGGCGACGCCAUCUCUCUCCCCAUCACCAGCAAUCGACACCAUCUCUCCGCCAUCUCUAGUAACCGAUGCCCUCUCCCCCAAUCUCUUGUAAUCGGCGCCAUCCCCCCAUCUCAUGUAAUAGAUGCUAUCUUCCCCAACUUUGAUAAUCGACACCAUCUCCGCUGGAAUGAGGCAAUCUUACAGUAUUGUACCUCGAUCCUCCCUUCGACUUUCAUCUUUGAUUUUUAGGGAUGGAUUGUGCAUGAAUUCAAAGCAAGUUCUUCGCUUUACUGUUCAUCUCGGGAAUAGCAGAGUCGACUUUACCUCGUUUCAAGCUCAAUUGAAGCCCGAUUUGUGGAGGAUUAUAAGAAAAUUGGGAUGCUCUUUCAAGGUCUAAAGUUGGAUUUCCAUUCCAAUUGAAGAAUCAUUUGAUUUGAGCUGAAAUCUGGAUUUGCCGUUACUGUCCACCGCAAGGGUUUGGUCUCCAGAUUUUACCAGGUUCUUGUUUGUUUUGCUCCUGAUUUUUGUGGUUUUUUGGUCGUUUUAUUAUGGAAUUGAAACUACCGUUUUAUCCAACAAAUGCAAUUGGUUUCAUGCUUUCUUGAAAAUGUGGUAAUGUUCAUGUUCUUCACUACUGCUAUCUUAUUAUUCUGUUGAGGACCCGUGGGCUCCUGAUUUUGAUGAAGCUUAGCUCAUUGUGUCUUGCUUAUGGCUUGUUUGAGUAUGUUGAAGGAAAAUGGGAGAUGUUUUCCUUGGUUUCCCCGGGCUCCUCCCUCAGUCCCGCUCAUGCCGCAUUCCUAAGGAGGCUAUUGUCAUUAUUGUUUGUGUUCCUUGAUUGGGAUUGUGAAAAAAACAUGACAAUUCACUUGGAUGCUGAAUUUUGGGUUGGUUUGGGCUAAUGUAAAUAUGAAUAAUCCUCUUCAGGGGUGGCAUCUGAUCUUGAGGCUUUGUGAUUUUGUUGGUUAUCCUUGGGUUUAAUCCGUGGUGCCUGAUCACGUUUAAUCCGGGUGGGUGAUAUCCUGUCUGGAUCCCGUACGUACGUUUUAACCCGAAAUAUGAAUUGGUCAAGUACGUAUAUCUUAGAGUUCUUCUAGAUAUCCUUAAUAAUCAUCAUCAAUAUACAAGUGGGUAUAUC